UAAUUGCAAAAGAUUGCCUUCUCUUACAUCAGAGGCUGGUAACACACAACCUGCUCAACUGGUAACGUAUGCUUCUCCCUCCCACCCCUCUCCAUCUCCAUCUCCAUCUCCAACGAAUCUGCUCAGUCAUCUCACUGCUCGGGCGACGGCAAGGUCCCCGUCCAGUACAAUCAGGUGAGGAAUUGGUUCCAGAACCGUAGUACCAGGAUGAUGAUGAUGCCUCCGGUGGCCGAGGAACACCACCCAGUGGCCGUAUCCUACUCAGGGAAUAUUCCUUCAGAUGGUGGCCAGGUCCUGUUUGAAGCAAAAUCGACUAGAAAUGGCACAUGGCACGAUGUUGCUGCCUUUCUGUCCCACAGGUUCACGGAAACAAAGCACCCGGAAGUACUAGUUCGAUUUACUUGGCUUGGACCCGAGGAGGAUGAAUGGGUUGAUGUUCAGAAAUGUGUGAGACUGCGUUCUCUUCAAUGUGUUGUGGUGCUGCCUGGGGAUCUCGUUCUUUGUUUUAAGGAAGGCAAAGAGCAGGCCCAGUAUUUUGAUGCGCAUGUUCUUCAAGUUCAAAGGCGCACGCAUGACGUAAGGGGGUGCCGCUGCAGAUUUCUUGUUUGUUAUGAUCAUGAUUGCUCUGAGGAGUUUCUUCCACUUAGCAAGGUAUGCCGUCGACCAGAAACUGAUCACAUGCACCAGAUAUCCCAAAAGCCACACAAGAUAAUGGAUGUCAACACUGACAAGGUGACGAGGGACGGGGUUCCCAUUCCACCAGAUGAAGGAGAGGCGUCUGACAAGCCGGUUGCUCCCUUACUAGACGCACCUACUAGCACCCGCAGCAAUUCAGUGGCACAUGUUGAGAUGGAGGAUGCAGAGGCUGCCCCAAACGACGAAGCUGCAAAUGAAGCACAUGGCAACAAGAUGAAUGUGGGAGCGUCGUUCUUUCGCUCCCCUGUGCGUUUCCUUGUGAACUUUUUAGUCAAAAAAAUGUUCGCCUAAAAACUUCCAAUCGAGCAAGGAUGGUUAGUGGCCCAAUAACUAUACAUCUCGUGAAAUAAGGGAUCUUUAUAUAGAUCGUCCUUUGUCCUCUUCCUCUACCUGGACAUCGAACGCUCUCCUUUCAUCAGGAUAAUGGUGUCCAAAACCUAAACUCUGUGACAUCACAACAUUGCUAGAUGGGAUGGGCGGUCCUUCAUCGGGAUAA